AUGGUACCCAGCUGGUUUCUGGAUUUGAAAGAUGGCAAAGCUUAUGUGUAUUACAAUGAACUUCGAUCAGAGGAUGGUGAAAGGCUAAAGGAAUGGGUGGAGCUUGAAGGGGAAGGUAAUAGAGCACCCAGAAUACGCAAUGCUCGUCCUAUUACAGUCAUGCCAUUUGAAAGAACAAGGAAGAGACGCAGGGGUGCCAUGAAGGACUAUAAUUGGUCCGUUGGAGAUAGGGUUGAUGCAUGGAUGCAAGAUAGCUGGUGGGAGGGAGUUGUCAAUGAGAGGAGCAAGAAAGAUGAAACAUCGUAUACUGUCCAUUUUCCUGCUCAAGGAGAAACGUCUGUUGUCAAAGCAUGGCUUCUACGUCCUUCUCUGGUGUGGAAGAAUCGUAACUGGGUUGAAUGGUCCAGUUCUGGGAAUGAUGACAGCUCUUCCUUUGAGGGUGACACCCCACUGGAAAAACGACCAAGGAUUGGAAGUCCCGUGGUAGUUUCCAAAGACGAAGGAACAAAUAGUUUUGACAAUGAGGAAUCCGAAAAACCUGAUGACACGAGAUUGAUGGAUUUACCUGUGGCUGGAAAAAUAUUUAACAUUGGUAAAUGCACCAGGGAAGAGAGUAGGCUUGUUUCACAAGAAUGAAACGUUCGGGUUUAAAAAAGAAAGGUUCAAGGGUUAUUUUUGGUGUUCCUGAGCCAGGAAAGAAGAGAAAGUUUAUGGAAGUAAGCAAACAUUAUGUUGCAGAUCAGAGCAGUAGAACUCAUGAAACAAGUGAUUCUGCU